GGUUUUGACGUCAGCGUGGCCGGCCAAUCACAGGACGCGUUGGUGGGAGGCCUCACGGUGGGCGCGCCCAGAAGAAGGAAGGCAGGAGAAAGGAAGCUUGCUGUCAAGAUGGAGACUGCCAGUUGCUCUGUUACUGCGGUGGGGAACGGGAACAUGGGGUCCCAGCGGGACCGGAGCCUGGUGCCUGAGCGGCUUCAGAAACGAGAGCAAGAACGGCAACUGGAGGUGGAAAGGCGGAAGCAAAAGCGGCAGAACCAGGAGGUGGAGGAGGAGAAGAGCGACUUUUUCUCCGCCGCCUUCGCUCGGGAGCGAGUCGCCGUGGAAGAGCUUCUGGAGGGCGGGGAGUCUGUCGAGCGGCUGGAAGAGGCGGCCACUCGGCUCCAGGGGCUGCAGAAACUUCUCAACGACUCGGUUUUGUUUCUCGCCGCCUACGACGUGCGGCAGGGACAAGAGGCGCUGGCGCGGUUACAGGCGACCCUGGCCGACCGGCGCCAGCAACUGCAGCCCAAGAAGCGUUUCGCUUUCAGGACUCGGAGGAAAGACGCUGCUCCAGCCACCAAAGUAGAUGCGGCUCCUGGCGCCCCUGCGGCGGAAGGCAUCCUGGCCUCCCCGCCGCCAUUGAAGGAGGAGGGAGGCUUCAGCUCUAGCUGGGUCUGCGGUUUCUCCAACCUGAAGUCCCAAGUCUUGGAGAAGAGAGCAGAGGAGCUGCACCAGCGAGACGUCCUUUUGACCGAACUGAGCAACUGCACAAUCAAAUUGUAUGGCAAUCCCAACACCCUGCGGCUGACCAAGGCCCGCAACUGCACGGUGCUCUGCGGCCCGGUGUCCACCUCUGUGUUCCUGGAGGACUGCAGUGAGUGCGUCUUGGCUGUGGCCUGCCAACAGCUCCGCGUACACACCACGAGAGACACCCGCAUCUUCCUGCAGGUGACCAGCAGGGCCAUCGUGGAGGACUGCAGCGGGAUCCAGUUCGCCCCUUACACCUGGAGCUACCCGGGAAUUGACAAAGACUUUGAGGGCUCUGGUUUAGAUAGGAGCAAAAAUAACUGGAACGACGUUGACGAUUUCAACUGGCUGGCCCGGGGUGUGGCUUCCCCUAACUGGAGUAUUCUUCCUGAAGAAGAGCGAAUGAUCCAGUGGGACUAAGCAGUUGUUAAUCUUAACUCCUACCAAAUUCUUCCCAUGUGGGACUGACUCCAACUAAUGGGACCCUAAAGUUUACUUACUUAGUGCCGUCACACUAUGUUUUCAGUAUUUAAGACUUAAAAUUGCUAUAGGCUCAUAUUUGUGAUUUCCAUUAAAUUUAUGACCGGUCUAACACUUUAAAGCGUUUUUGCUAUUUUGGUAAUGUCUAGGAGCUAUUAUUUAACAACGAUGUUUUGAGGCCAUAAGGGGGAAAGGGUGUGGUUGUGCUUUGGUUUUUUUGAUGUGUGGUAUUUAAAACUUACUGCAUGAUAAAGCAGGCUUUCAAUAAAUAUUUGUUAUUUUAAUAAAUGAAUUCAGUAGGGCUCUAGUAGGAGCCAAUUAAUGUGGAA